AUGCCAACGCUUCACAAUCCAAAUGUGAGUUUUACUGAGACGUAUAGAUGCUAUCCAGUAGUUAUGUUGCAGGGAAAUGAAAGAGAGAAUAUUAAUUAUGGUGGUAAAAUUAUCUUACCUCCUAGCGCGUUGGCAAAACUAGCAAGUUUGAACAUACAGUAUCCUAUGCUGUUUGAAUUACGUAACACAAGUAAUCAACAACAUUCGCAUGCUGGAGUUCUUGAAUUUAUCGCUGAAGAAGGUCGUGUCUAUUUACCUUACUGGAUGAUGCUAACAUUGUCACUGAGUGAAGGAGAUUUGAUUGAAAUAAAAAAUACAACAUUACCUUUGGGAACUUUUGUAAAGAUUCAACCUCAAUCUCCUGAUUUCUUGGAUAUAAACGAUCCGAAAGCUGUUUUGGAAAAUGCACUUCGAAAUUUUUCUACUUUGACACAAAGAGACGUUAUCCAAAUAAAUUAUAAUAAAAAAAUUUAUGAAAUUAUGGUUUUAGAAGUUAAGCCUAUUGAUUCUCAUAGUGGUAUUUCAAUUGUUGAAACAGAUUUAGAGGUUGACUUUGCACCUCCUGUAGGUUACGUGGAAAAACCACAACCAAAGCAAUCAAUGGCCAGUAAGAUAAAUAUAGAAGAAUCCAUUGAAGAUACAAAAGGAUUUUCAGCAUUUCAAGGAAGCGGACAACGAUUAAAUGGGAAAUCUGUAAAAUCAUCAUCAUCAAAAGCUUCAAGUUCAAAGAGUAGUACAAUUGGUUCAAAAUUGGAAGAGAAAAUCGAAAAUAGCGAACAUGACAAAAAUGGACAUAUUUCUAAUAUCCCUGCACCAUUGAAUUUACCAUUUGGUAAAUUGUUCUUUGGAUAUAAAGUGGUACCAUUGGGAGCCAAUAAACAAGAAGAAAAUGAGCCAACAUCAUUUAAAGGGGAAGGACAAAUGUUACGUCCUAGUAAAAAAUAG